GGCAGGAGUUGACGGACGGUCUCUGGCUCCGUUUGGGCGGCCCUGGGACCACGGAAGAGGCUCUCCUGGGCGGCCGCGAUGCCUAGCUCGCGGCGGGUCAGUCAGCUUCUGGAUCUAUGCCUGUGGUGCUUCAUGAAGAACAUUUCCAGAUACAUCACAGACAUUAAGCCUUUGCCUCCCAACAUAAAAGAUAGACUGAUUAAAAUAAUGAGUGUCCAGGGGCAGAUAACAGAUUCAAAUAUAAGUGAGAUUUUACAUCCUGAAGUCCAAACUCUAGAUCUACGAAGCUGUGAUAUUUCAGACACUGCUCUCCUGCACCUGCGCAACUGCAGAAAACUAAAGAAAUUAAAUUUAAGUUCCUCAAAAGAAAACAGAAUUUCCAUAACUUCAAAGGGAGUAAAAGCUGUGGCUUCCUCUUGUUCGUACCUGCAUGAAGCUUCUUUGAAAAGAUGCUGCAAUCUCACUGAUGAAGGAGUCCUUGCUCUUGCAUUCAACUGCCGGCUGCUAAAGAUCAUUGAUUUAGGUGGCUGUUUAGGUAUUACCGAUGUGUCCUUACAUGCAUUGGGAGAAAACUGCCCAUUUUUGCAGUGUGUUGAUUUUUCAGCUACUCAGGUAUCUGACGAUGGCGUGGUUGCGCUUGUUAAUGGAUCUUGUGCCAAGAAAUUAGAGGAGAUUCAUAUGGGACAUUGUGUGAAUCUGACUGAUGAAGCUGUAGAAGCUGUCCUCACUUGCUGUCCUCAGAUACGUAUAUUACUCUUCCAUGGAUGCCCCCUAAUAACAGAUCAUUCACGAGAAGUCCUGGAGCAAUUAGUAGGCCCCAACAAACUAAAGCAAGUGACGUGGACUGUUUAUUGAUGCUUAUUAAAGCUUAUCAAAGCAAUGAUCUUCAUACUACAUUCCCAGGAAACAAUGGUUUUAGAGAUUGGCUUUCCAAUAAUGUGCUUGUUGCUUUGAAGUUAACAGACCCUUAAACAUGUAAUAGUACUAUUAUCCUGUUUGUUUGUGGAGUCAUUGUUUUUGACAUGGUAAGCCUAGC